AUGCUACUUUUUGACUCUGAAAGAAAACAAAAACAUCAAGUUCGAUACACCGAAUUUCAAGCAAUUGUUUUAGCAGGUUAUGGUAACAGACUUUAUCCACUCACCGAAGAUAAUAAUGUACCAAAAGCAUUAUUGCCGAUUGCCAAUAAGCCAAUGCUUUACUAUGUUUUGGACUGGUUAGAAAGAGCAGGAAUUUUUGAUGUAAUCAUUAUCACGGAAUCAAAUGGAGAGUAUAAGAUAGGACAAUAUAUUAAGAAUGUGUAUGAAGGAAAAUUAAAACCGAUUUUGGAAGUUGUGAAAGAAGAUGUUGGUACUGCUGAUAAUGAUUUUAUAAUAAUAAGUUGUGAUUUAAUUUUGGAUUUGCCACCACAUCAAUUAUUGGAUUAUCAUCGAAAGCAUAAUCCUACUUUUACGGCACUUUAUUCCGAACCAAAAAAAUCAGAAGGUGUAACAGGAGGUAGCGGUGGAAGUAGUGGUUGUAAAGAUGAUGUUAAGCAGUUUGUUGGUGUUGACGUAACAAAAUCACGUUUAGUUUAUCUUGCAUCGAGUGCAGAUUUGGAUGAAGAACUUUCUGUGCGUAUGUCACUAUUAUGGAAAUUUCCACGUUUAAAUAUUCUUACAAAAUUACAAGAUUCGCAUCUUUACAUUUUUAAAAGAUGGGUGAUUGAUUUAAUCGUGAAUAAAAAAUCAAUAUCUAGCAUACGUGAACAACUCAUUCCAUUAUUAGUGAAAUGUCAAUAUCAAAAAAAAUUAAUCGAUAAAGAAGGAAUCAAUGAAUUUGCCAAAACUCAAGAUUCUCAAAAAAUGACUAAAAUACGUACAGAAACUCGUGUCUCACAAUCUGCAGUAAUCAGCCCAAAAACACAAGUUGGAUCGGAUUCUUUGGUAGGUGAUGAUACCAAGAUUGACGAUCGUACCUCCAUAAAACGAUCAACAAUUGGUACACAUUGUGUUAUUGGAAAAAAUGUGAAAAUAUCAAAUUCGGUUAUAAUGGAUCAUGUAAUUAUAGAAGACAAGUAA